AGUUCUUUUCCAUCCUUCCACAGGCACCUGGGCUCCUGUGGCAUCCUGGCCAGCUGCCGUGCUAAGCUGCCCCUCCCCUCGGGGGGCGUGGCGGGUAGCCCACCCUGCAGGACCUUCCUGAACCUGGCCGCUCCCCUGUUGGCCCGCCGGAUAGAGUACUCCGAAUCCAGGCUGCUGCGAUAUACCCCCGAGCAGAUGUAUAAUCUGGUGGCCUGCGUGGACCAGUACCAGCAGUUUGUGCCCUGGUGCAAGAGUUCAAAGGUCAUUAAUAGGCACAGUGGAAGCCUAAGAGCGCAAUUGGAGAUCGGCUUCCCCCCACUGAUGGAGAGAUACACCUCUGAAGUCAUGUUUGUUCCCAACCAUCAAAUCAGGGCCGUGUGCACAGACAGCUCUCUCUUCAGUCACCUGGAGACAGUGUGGCGAUUUUUCCCAGGUGCCUCCAGUCAACCAGACACCUGCAAUGUGGAGUUUUCUGUGUUGUUUGAGUUCAAGUCGCUGCUGCAUUCCCAGCUGGCCACUGUGUUUUUCGAGGACGUGGUGAAGCAGAUGGUCAGCGCCUUCGAGGGACAGGCCGCCAAACUGUACGGCCCACAGGUCGCAGUUCGGGACAAGGAGGAGAAGGGGGCCUUGAGACGGAUGUCGGUGUGAACUCUGACCCCCUCCAGCAGGACCGCCCCCUGCCAACCUUCCCAGAAACACACUGGGCUGAAGAGCUGGUCUUCAGUUUCAAUUUGUCCACUUUUUCUGUUGGACAUCUACUGCAUAACCUGUGUCACAGACCUCAUUUUCCAAUAAUCUUAUGUGCUAAUUAUUUAUUUCUUUAGGUGUUUAAUUUAUUAUUCAAAACAUAUACAUAUGUAUAUAUGAUUUCUUAAAAAUGGUUUUAUGAUGAAAACCAGAGACACCCAGUUUUUUAUCUUAUUUAUAUGAAUGAUUUUUAAAGCCUGGCUUAAAAUCUGUCUGAAUGUGUUUGCAAUGUGCAAUACAAGUGGGAUGUUUUUUUUUUCAGUUGCUAAAAAUGUAUAUCUCCAUUUUUUUAUUUUGAGAUGUUUAUUUAAAUAAAAUGAAAUGCAUGUUUUUUAAGUGCAUUUCUUUUUUUUGUUGUUGUUGGUUUACUACAGUUAAAACCAUAGUUGUCCAUUUGUUCGUGUUGAACAAACAUUCCAUUAAAACCCAGUGAGUAAAUUGGGGAUUCCAGUUUCUCAGACACCACUGUUCACUAACUCUGAUACCACACACAGUAUUAUUUGAGAUCAUCAGGAGAUGCAGAAUUAUCAGCAACUCGUACCAACAGCAACAUCUUUAUUAUAUUUGUAUUAUAUUGGCAACAUGUAUUGUUCAAAUCAUUCUGAGAUAUUUUGAAAUAAAAUCUCAUU